AUGACCAAGAAAAGUUCUGGCUCUAAAUUUCGUCUUCCCUUCUUUCAUAUAUCUUCCAAAGAUAAAACCAUCAUGGUACAAAGCACGUCCAAUGAUGCGGAUGAUGUAGAUAUUCGAGUGUUUGAUCCAGAGUUUAAAGUACCAUCGGUAAAUUCUCCAUCGUUAACAAGUCCCGGAGGUGCAAACAGUAGCACGAGUAAUAUGGGACACGUCGUGAUGAGUAGUAAUACUGCUGCUAGUGGUCAUAACGGACAUCAUCAUCAUCAACAACAACAACAUGGCUCUACAGCAAUUACAUCGCCGGGUAGUGCCGGCUCAACACCAACGCAAUUUCCUUCAUCAGGAAAAUCACCACCAACUCCAAUCAGCGAAGAAGACGUUGAGAGAGUUCUUGAUACGAUUCGAGUCAUUGAUGAGCCGGAAGAGGCCUCCGUAAAAGCACCAAAAGAAUUGGAAUGUUUAGUGGCAUAUAAAGAUAUGAAUAGAAUAACCAAAAUUAAUUUACGAGGAACAUUGGAUGAUGCUAUCAACAAGUGCAAAUCAAUAUAUAAGAUUGAUCAAAAUACAAAUGUCAGACUUGACGUGCUGGAUCCGAGGGUAGACGAAUAUAUUGUUGCAGAGUCCGUGGAUCAUAUUAAAAAGUGCAAACAAAAACUGUCAGCAAAACCUGUAAAAUUACGGUUAGAAGAGAACAAGCAAGCGACGGUAUCGUUCGAGGAUCAGAUGGGAUGGAUUGAAAUGAAAGUAUUGGGUCAGGAGCUUUUGAAGAUUCACGUUUCUAAAGGGCAAAAAGAAUAUAAGGAAAAAAUUGAAAAAGAAAUACAAGUCAUGCAAUCUCUGGAUCAUCCAAACAUUGUCAAAUGUUAUGGAUAUCAUGAGCAUGGAGAAUUUUUCUACAUCAUGAUGGAAUUAAUGCUUGGAGGAUCGCUGAAGAGCGUUAUGAAACGAAUUGGAAAAGGCCUCACCGAAGAUGUCAUACAAGACUACGCCAAACAACUUUUUUCUGCUUUAGUAUACAUUCAUGAAGACUUACCUACACAUGUAUAUCACAGAGAUUUGAAGUGUGACAAUUUCCUUUUGGCAGGCAAUUUGAUAAAAAUUGCAGAUUUUGGAGAAGCUAAAGUAAUUCAGAAAGGUCAAACAUUUUCUCAAACAAGGAAUUCUGUUGUCGGAACUUUAACAUUUUGCAGCCCUGAAAUGCUUCGAGGAGACCCAACAUACAAACGAUCUCACGCUCCUGAUAAUCUUCACUUAUUACAAGAGAAGAUUAUUCCUGAAUUAACAGUAUCCAACGAGUUGAAAGAUUUGUUACUUCAAUGUCUUAAAGAAGAUCCAAGUCAACGACCAAAAGCAAGUGAAUUGCUGAAACAUGAAUUUUUCACAAAAGUUUUCCCAAGAGGAACACUCAAAGAAGAAAUUCUUGCUCAAUUUCACUUUUUCACAGACGAAUGUGAGAAACUGCAACAAAAAGCUCUUCCAACUUAUCAUUCCACCAUUUUUGAUCCAAACUCGAAAACUUUGACACAAAAAGAACAAGAACCGGAAUAUGCCGCCGAUUACUUUGAAUGA